AUGUAUAAAUAAUUCGUGUAUAAUUGCAUAAAAAGUAAUCUAGAAGUAGUAAGUGAAAUUUUAAGUAGAAAGAAACAUGUUUUCUACUAGGAUUAUAUACACAAAACGUAUAAAACAUAAUUAUUAAUCAUUUAAAAGUGGAUAAAUUGUAAAAGAAUUUGACAUUAACAAUAUAUAGUUUCCUGUUUCCUCACAAGAUGUUUGUCGCCUCUUGUUAGGCAACCAAAACAACACAAAUUUUGCUCCGAGGAUCGUUUGUAAACGUUUUCUCUUCGAAUAUUUAUGAAUUAUCCUAAAAUCAACAAUUAAUAAGUUGUACCAAGCAUAUUUAAUCACCUUUAUUAAAUAAAUUUAUAUACAUUCUAACCUAAAAUGCCAAAAUAUUAUUGUGAUUACUGCGAUACAUAUUUAACUCACGAUUCACCCAGCGUGCGAAAAACCCAUUGUACCGGCCGUAAACACAAAGACAAUGUCAAAUUUUACUAUCAAAAGUGGAUGGAGGAGGAAGCACAGCAUUUGAUUGAUGCCACCACAGCUGCUUUCAAAGCUGGCAAGAUCGCAAACAAUCCAUUUGCAAUUCCUGGUAAAGGGGUGGCUAUUCCACCUCCAACAGCAAUAGCCAUGGGACAGAGACCACCAGUGCCUGGUACACCAGGAAUGAUGCCACCAGGUAUGCCACCAGGAGGACCAAUGCCACCCAUGAUGAUGGGCCCACAUGGACCAAUGAUGCCUCAGAUGAUGGGCAUGCGUCCGCCCAUGAUGGGAAUGAUGCCUGUGGGCAUGGGACCCAUGACUGUUAGACCUCCAACACAACCACCUGUGCAAAUGACAAAACCAUAAAUAUUUAUUGAAAAACAUAAUUUUAAGUUAGUAAUAAUUUUACAAGUGUUCUAAAGUAAGUAUACUGACAACUUUUAUCAGAAUUUGAUAAAAAUAAGAAAGAUAAAUGGAUAAAUGUAAAAUUUUUACAGAAAUAA